AUGGUUAUUAUUUUUUACAGGAAGCACGACAACGGCAAGACCAGUGUCGAGUAUGUGGAGUUAUUUUUUCCGGUCGAUAAGGCAUAUGGUUACAGAUACAAGGCUAUCACAUGCUGGCCGUGCGGCUCUUUUUUCAGUCGUCACGCGCUCUGUCCAGAGAAGUUCAAAUGUCCAAAUAAUGGACAGUGCGUAAUAAACGUCGCCACCAGAAACUCGUGCCGCAAAUGUCGAUUGCAAAAAUGUUUUUUAGUUGGUAUGACUCCUGACGGCGGCAUCAGUCCGAACAGGGACCGGGGAGCACGAAUACUGAACGAGACUUGUCGAGUAUGUGGUGAUAAGGCAUAUGGUUACAGAUACAAGGCUAUCACAUGCUGGCCGUGCGGCUCUUUUUUCAGUCGUCACGCGCUCUGUCCAGAGAAGUUCAAAUGUCCAAAUAAUGGACAGUGCGUAAUAAACGUCGCCACCAGAAAAUCGUGCCGCAAAUGUCGAUUGCAAAAAUGUUUUUUAGCUCUUGAGCUCUCCACCACGAAUCGUCUUGGAUAA